AUGGUCGAAGUUGGAAGAAAGGCAGCAGAACCGAAUGAAGUGGGUAUGGAAAAGUACGGUAUGCCAACUGUAAUGGCUCGUACUAACGAUCACUGCCUGUACAAGGUGGAAUAUGGUGUUGUAAACACGGUACAAUUCAAGAAGAAAGAGGGCUCCCUUUGUCAAAAACAACCGUCGUACAUUCCCUGUAAGGCACGCAGGUACCUGGUUAUCAAGGAAAGCCAUGUUCGAGUGUUUCAUUACGGAAACCACACAUGCGCCGUCAAACGUCCACCACACUCUAGCGCAAAGGAGGAUAUGAAAGAAUAUCUUCGGAAGAAUCUAACCGUAAAACCUUCCCAUGUGCCAUCGGCCUACAUCCUAUCGAUGGUAAGCAAGUGUUUACCACCCUCUGCUUCGACGACAGUGAAAACGUAACUCUAAUUUGAGAGUUAUUCAAUGAAGUUUUUGAAAAAGUCUCGAGCGGCACCACAACGGUGUUCAAUCCAAUCGACUGGUGCACUGACAUGACCGGAUCCAAUCUUAGUGCGAUGCGAAAAGUAUUUGGAGAUAGUUCUGUUAAUUGCAUCAAGACAUGUGAAUUCCACUUCAAGGAGUAGUGGAUCUUCGCUGCCGGGAGCUUAGUACGAAUAAAGACACACAGUUUAAAGAUAUGUCAGUUAAACUUUUAGAAUGCGAGACUCCUGAAUAUUACGACGCCCUUAAAGAGCAGUAA